CCGCCGCCGCGGCUCCAGUGCGCCCCGAGCAGCCAGAGCGCGCGGUUACAAUGAGCUUCUCCACCGGUCCGACUGAGAGCCAGAACCGAGCCCCGAGCAGCAGACGCAGCGCCGCCCGCCCGCAGCACGAUGCCCGGGGGAAAGAGAGGGCUCGUGGCUCCGCAGAACACUUUCCUGGAGAACAUCGUGCGGAGAUCAAGCGAAACCAGCUUCCUCCUGGGGAACGCGCAGAUCGUGGAGUGGCCCGUAGUCUACAGCAAUGACGGCUUCUGCAAGCUGUCUGGCUUCCACCGGGCCGAGGUCAUGCAGAAGAGCAGCACCUGCAGCUUCAUGUACGGAGAGCUGACGGACAAGAAGAGCAUCGACAAAGUCCGACAGACGUUCGACGGCUACGAGUCCGACUGCUUCGAGAUCCUUCUGUACCGAAAGAACCGAAGUCCCGUGUGGUUCUACAUGCAAGUGGCUCCCAUCAGGAACGAGAACGACAAGGUGGUUCUGUUCCUCUGCACCUUUAAGGACAUCACCCUCUUCAAGCAGCCCAUCGAAGACGAGACCACCAAAGCCGGGUGGAGCAAGUUUGCCCGUCUGACGCGGGCGCUCACCAACAACCGCCACACGCUGCCCAAGCCGGCGCCCAUAGAGAAGCCUGAAGUCAGCCACAAGCCGUCCCGCCUGGCCGAGGUUUUGCAGCUGAAUUCCGACAUCCUCCCCCAGUACAAGCAGGAGGCCCCCAAGACGCCCCCCCACAUCAUCCUCCACUACUGCACCUUCAAGACCACCUGGGACUGGGUGAUCCUCAUCCUCACCUUCUACACGGCCAUCAUGGUGCCCUACAACGUCUCCUUCAAGACCAAGCAGAACAACAUCGUGUGGCUGGUGCUGGACAGCGUGGUGGACGUCAUCUUCCUGGUGGACAUCGUCCUCAACUUCCACACCACCUUCGUGGGGCCCGGCGGCGAGGUCAUCUCCGACCCCAAGCUCAUCCGCAUGAACUACCUGAAGACCUGGUUCGUCAUCGACCUGCUGUCCUGCCUCCCGUACGACAUCAUCAACGCCUUCGAGAACGUGGACGAGGGCAUGAGCAGUCUGUUCAGCUCCCUGAAGGUGGUGCGCCUACUGCGUCUGGGCCGCGUGGCCCGGAAGCUGGACCACUACCUGGAGUACGGCGCGGCGGUGCUGGUGCUGCUGGUGUGCGUCUUCGGGCUGGUGGCUCACUGGCUCGCCUGCAUCUGGUACAGCAUCGGAGACUACGAGGUCAUCGACGAGGCCACCAACACCAUCAACGUGGACAGCUGGCUCUACCACCUGGCCCUCAGCAUCGGCUCGCCGUACCGCUACAACGCCAGCGGCACGGGGCGGUGGGAGGGGGGCCCCGGCAAGGACUCCCUGUACAUCACCUCGCUGUAUUUCACCAUGACCAGCCUGACCACCAUCGGCUUCGGCAACAUCGCCCCCUCCAGCGACGGCGAGAAGAUCUUCUCCGUGGCCAUGAUGAUGGUGGGAUCUCUGCUCUACGCCACCAUCUUUGGGAACGUGACCACCAUCUUCCAGCAGAUGUACGCCAACACCAACCGCUACCACGAGAUGCUCAACAACGUGCGGGACUUCCUGAAGCUCUACCAGGUCCCCAAGGGGCUCAGCGAGAGGGUGAUGGACUACAUCGUCUCCACCUGGUCCAUGUCCAAAGGCAUCGACACGGAGAAGGUCUUGUCCAUCUGUCCCAAAGACAUGCGCGCCGACAUCUGCGUCCACCUCAACAGGAAGGUCUUCAACGAGCAUCCCGCCUUCCGGCUGGCCAGCGACGGCUGCCUGCGCUCGCUGGCCGUGGAGUUCCAGACCACCCACUGCGCCCCCGGCGACCUCAUCUUCCACGCCGGCGAGAGCGUGGACACGCUGUGCUUCGUCGUGUCGGGGUCACUGGAGGUCAUCCAGGACGACGAGGUCAUCGCCAUCUUAGGUAAAGGAGACGUGUUCGGAGACGUCUUCUGGAAGGAGACGGCCCUGGCGCAUGCGUGCGCCAACGUCCGAGCGCUGACCUACUGCGACCUGCACGUCAUCAAGAGGGAGGCCUUGCUCAAGGUGCUGGAGUUUUACACCGCCUUCGCCAACUCCUUCUCCCGCAACCUCAUCCUCACCUGCAACCUGCGCAAGCGGAUCAUUUUCCGCAAGAUCAGCGAGGUGAAGAAGGAGGAGGAGGAGCGGCAGCGGGCGAAGAACGAGGUGCAGCUCAGCAUCCCGCAGGACCACCCGGUCCGGAAGCUCUUCCAGAAGUUCAAGCAGCAGAAGGAGCUCCGCAGCCAGGGAGCCGCCGCCGCCCCCCCGCCGCCCGACCCGGGGGAGAAGAGCCGGCUGCAGGUGGAGCAGCACCACCCGCACCACCAGCACCUGCACCCCAACAGCCUGCAGCUGGGCCCCUGCAGCCUCCAGCACUCGCUGCCCCUCAGCCUGCAGCGGCCCCCCUCCUCCAUGCAGAACGGGGCGCCGCCCAGCAGCAGCGUGCUGACCGUGUCUCAGGUGACGCCCAUGCAGAGCUCGCUGGCCUACAGCCCCCCCGGCGGGGCCCCCGCCAAGCAGAACAACUGCGACAUCAUGGAGCUGCAGCCCAGCUCCAGUGGAGGCGGGGGCGGGGAUGGGGGCGGGGCCGAGCAGACCGUCACGGUCACGGUCAGCGCCUGCCCCGCCCCGCCGAAGCCCGCCAUCAGGGCCAGCGGCUGGAUGCGGCUGAAAAACAACGCGGCGCCGGCGGAGGCCAGGAGGGAGGGGCUUAACAACAACGUCAAGGCCGUCUCCGUGGAGAUGCUCUCGCAGGGGGGCAGGGGUCAGGGGGCGGGAGGGGGCGGGGACGUGGAGGAGGGCGGCGUCUCCGGCAACAAUCCCCUCCGCAAGACGGACUCCUGCGACAGCGGCAUCACCAAGAGCGAGCUGCGGAUCGACCGGGCGGGGGAGGCGCGGACCCCCGCCGCCGUGACCCCGCUCCUCCACGGCCCCGCCCCCCCUCACCCGUUCUGCCCCGUGCCGGAGCAGGCCCUGCAGGCCGCGCUGCACGAGACCCGGCUGGAGCUGCGGGGGGACAUCCAGAGCCUGGGGGGCCGCCUGGGCGCCCUGGAGACUCAGGUGGCGGAAAUCAUCAAGCUGCUCUCGGAGAAGAAGCGGGCGCCCUCGGUGGGGGGGGGGGCGCCGCCGCCGGCCUCCGCCACGCCCAAAACCAAAAUACUACGUCAGGACAUCUUCACCGUUUCUAGGCCUGUUUCUCCGGACUCUGAGAAGGACGACGGGCUCUGAGAGCGCGACCACGGGGUCACGUGACCGGUGCUCGCGCACGCCGUCACCUGGUCUUAACCCCGCCCCCCCACUGGCUCCUUGAACAUUUGCACACAGACUCGUCCCUCCCCUUUUUGGUGAUUGUACAGACCUCUCUCUGCAUGUCCAGCUGGAUUCUGGCCUGCCGAAGAAACAACUACUGAUCGUACUUAUUGAUCGUACUUAUUGAUCGUACCUAUUGAUCGUACCUAUUGAUCGUACUUAUUGCCUGUAUAUUAUGCAGUUGACUGCAUGCAGAAAUCCAGUUCAAAGAGACGUUUUAUUGAGCUACUGUACAUAUGAAUAUUUUCAUGGUGGUUACUAUGGUUACUAUAUACUAUGUGGACAUUCAGGGUUUGCACACCAUGAAGAAGAAGGCAGUGUGCAUGGAUAUUUAUUGAUGGAGAUCCAAUAGAAGGUUGAUACUUAAAUGUGAUCCCUUAAGAAGCGUCCCUUAACACGGAGGGGAAUAUUUCUUGUAUGUUUUAUAUAUAAAUGAUCCGUUCUGCUUCCUAUAAUAAUUUCUAUUUUCGAUGACUUGGCCUCGUGUGUCGCCAGCGGAACCCUGAAAUGAUUAUUUUGUCCGAAUCCUCCUUGUGUCUAUGCAUCGUUACAAUAUAUCGAUUACAUCCGUCUGUUCCAUGUUGGUGAAUGUCCUCUGCAUGAAUCAGGGAUGGACUGAAUGCACCAAUACCGACUUUAGUUUGCAUAGUCCAAGUCCACUCGGCACGGUGACAUGUGACACACAUGUGACGCACAUGUGACCCGCAGGAACCCGCCCACAAACAACCGCUUGAUAUUGUACUUUCUACGAUAGCGUUUUUUGCUAAGUCUGCAUGCUAAGGAGUAGUUUUAUGCUCCGGAGGCGUACACACACACACACACGCACGCACGCACGCACACACACACACACACACACACACACACUGCGUCUCUUGAACCCUGGCGAGACCCCGCUGAGACGUUUUUUCUUCACUAAAGGGAGAUCAGUCGUUUUUUGUUUGAAGUCGAGGUUUGUCAGGUCCUGUUAGAUUCAGGCGCCAAACCCCCCCACACCUCCUCAUCACAUGACACAGACAUGACUAGAUGGAAAUAGGCAGAACCUGGAUGUGGGGGAGCCGUCGGGUGGCAGGAAACGGGCUGAUGUUCUGGGGCUCAUUAGCAUCAACGGUCAGCUGGGUGGAGUCAUGGUAACCAGUGGAGUGAGAUGUUAGCGAAUCAGGAGGGAGGGGCACAGAGAGGCAGCUCGCACCGUCGGACCCCAGAUGUGCUCCUGAUGGGGCUGCUGCAAAGGACCAAAGGCCUACUUUCUGACCUGAUCACAGCAGGAAGUGUAAUCUCUCACAGCGACAUCUUCUUGCAUCCAGGACCGAAGAGGACGGAAAACACUCUCAAGACUUCCCACCAAACUGAAAGAUGAGGAUCAAUAACUCAAAGUGGCUCCAGUUGAAGACUUGUUAAGCCCCCCCCCCCCUCCUCUGUGCCGGUGGCCACUGAGCGGAUCCCCUGCCGGAGUCAGGGGUGAAGUGCCUUGCUCAGGGACGCCUCGGCACCAGUUUAAGGCUGUCGGGAUCUACAGAUCUAUAGAUCUACAGAUCUAUAUCUACAUAUCUAUAGAUCUAUAGAUAUGUGUGACGGUAGAAUCCCAUGCGACGCUAUGCAACAGUGGAAGACUGUGAAGGAGCCGUAGAGUCAGCAGGUGAGCCAGGAUUAACGUGAUGAUGUGUUUUGGUGUGUGUCCAUGUGAGAUGAGAUGAUUCCAGUGACUUACAUCCACCAGCAGAACCUAAUCUGGGAUCUAAAUGUAAAGUCUAUGUUUGCUUUUUAAGUCCAAAGGAGGAUUUAAAAUAGAGUUUCUACGUUCCCUCGUCGGUUCAAGUAGGAGACACAGGACAGGUGUGUGUGUGUGUGUGUGUGUGUGUGUGUGUGUGUGAGGGGGGGGGCUUCCUCCCCACUUUGGGAGUUGUACCGUCAGCGGGUAAAACUUAAUUUGUAUUAAUUUGACAGGAGAAUGAAGGGCGACCUCUUUGAUCUGAGCCCCACACACACACACACACACACACACACACACACACACACACACACACACACACACACACACACACACACACACACACACACACAAACACAGACACACACACACACAAACACAGACACACACACACAGACACACACACACACACACAGACACACACACACAGACACACACACCUUUUAGUGUGGGAUUUUUGGUCUUUGCCACUUGAAUGUCUGCAUCACCGUCUCCUCCCUGACGUGCAGUCAGUGUGCGUCGUUCUGACCUCUCUGCAGACCGGGGGGGUGGGGGGGCUAAUUUAUUCACAAUCAUCCCGCUUACUGCAUCAAAGCCCCCCCCUCCCCCCCCUCGACUGGUUUGACUCUUCUCACAGUGUCUCACAUCUUUCUGCAGCUUUACAGACCGGCUCCGUGAAGGUUUGGCUGCUUUUAAUAAACGGGGCCUUUCAGGUGAAGCUUCUCUCCUUUUUCUACUGGAAUGUUUUUCAAUUUCUACUGUUUUGUUGUUUUGGAAUCGCACACUGACUCAUGUAUUGUUUUACAGUUGCACACCUGAACUGUAGUGUCAGAAUAAUAAA